AGACGUCAGGGACCCGCGCGCGAGGCCGCUGGCGGCCGCUCUGCCGUGGGCUCGGCCAGGGCUGCCGCGAGCGUGCGGGCCUCGCCGGGCAUGUCCUAGGCGGCGGCCCCGCCCAGCGCUCGGCCGGGCGGGCCGGGACCGAGCCGGGCCGAGCCGGGGACCGAGCCGGGGACCAAGCCGGGGACUAAGCCGGGGACUGAGGCGAGCCGGAGACCGAGCCCGAACCUCAGGGCCAGACGGGCCCAGCCAGCACCAAGAUGAGUGCCACGUCCUGGUUCCUGGUGAGCAGCAGCGGCGCCCGCCACCGGCUCCCUCGCGAGCUCAUCUUCGUGGGGCGUGAGGAAUGUGAGCUCAUGCUACAGUCCCGCAGUGUGGACAAGCAGCAUGCCGUCAUCAACUACGACCAGGACAGGGACGAGCACUGGGUGAAGGACCUGGGAAGCCUCAAUGGGACAUUUGUGAAUGACAUGCGCAUCCCGGACCAGAAGUACGUCACGCUGAAGCUCAAUGACGUCAUCCGCUUCGGCUACGAUUCCAACAUGUAUGUGCUGGAGCGUGUGCAGCACCGAGUCCCGGAGGAGGCGCUCAAGCACGAGAAGUACACCAGCCAGCUGCAGGUGAGUGUGAAGGGCUUGGCACCCAAGAGGAGCGAGGCGCUGCCGGAACACACACCGUACUGCGAGGCCUCGAACCCCAGGCCAGAGAAGGGGGACCGGAGACCAGGAACAGAGGCAGCCUCUUACCGCACGCCCCUGUACGGGCAGCCCUCCUGGUGGGGUGAGGACGAUGGUAGCACGCUGCCUGACGCCCAGCGCCAGGGAGAGCCCUACCCAGAGCGUCCCAAGGGGCCGGUGCAGCAGGACGGGGAGCUCCACAGCUUCCGUGCCCCCGCUGAGCCUCAGGGCUGCUCGUUCCGGCGGGAGCCCAGCUACUUCGAGAUUCCCACGAAGGAGACCCCACAGCCGUCGCAGCCCCCCGACGUGUCGGCGCACGAGAUGCCCACGAAGGAUGCAGAGGCAGGUGGGGUCGGAGCGGCCCCUGUGGUGCAGAGCCACGCGUCCUUCACCAUCGAGUUUGAUGACUGCAGCCCCGGCAAGAUGAAGAUCAAGGACCAUAUCACCAAGUUUUCCCUGCGCCAGCGGCGGCCCCCGGGCAAGGAGGCCACACCUGGCGAGAUGGUGUCAGCUGAGACCAAGGUGGCCGACUGGCUGGUGCAGAAUGACCCGAGCCUGCUGCACCGGGUUGGCCCUGGGGACGACCGCCACAGCACCAAGAGCGACCUGCCUGUCCACACCCGCACUCUGAAGGGCCACAAGCACGAGGAUGGCACACAGAGUGACUCAGAGGACCCCCUGGCCAAGGCGGCCUCAGCCACCGGGGUGCCCUUGGAGGCCAGUGGGGAGCAGGUGCGGCUGCAGAGGCAGAUCAAGCGGGACCCCCAGGAGCUACUACAUAACCAGCAGGCCUUUGUCAUCGAGUUCUUCGACGAGGACACGCCCCGAAAGAAGCGGUCCCAAUCCUUCACGCACACCCCGUCUGGGGACCCCAAGGCCGACAAGCGCCGUGGCCCGACACCGGCCGAUAGGGACCGCCCCAGUGUCCCAGCCCCAGUCCAGGCGGGGGGCCGCAGCUCGGGGCCACAGAGGGCCGGCUCGCUGAAGCGGGAGAAGACAGAGGAACGGCUGGGCAGCCCCUCGCCUGCCUCCCGAACCCCUGCCCGCCCCUUCGGAAGCGUGGGGCGCCGUUCCCGCCUGGCCCAGGACUUCAUGGCCCAGUGUCUGCGGGAGAGCUCCCCGGCCGCCAGGCCCAGCCCCGAGAAGGUUCCUCCCGUGCUGCCCGCUCCCCUGACACCCCGUGGGACCAGCCCUGUGGGCCCCCCGACCCCACCGCCCGCCCCUACCGACCCCCAACUGACCAAGGCACGGAAACAGGAGGAGGACGACAGCCUCAGUGACGCAGGGACAUACACCAUCGAGACCGAGGCACAGGACACGGAAGUGGAGGAGGCCCGAAAGAUGAUCGACCAGGUCUUUGGGGUGUUGGAGUCCCCUGAACUCUCCAGGGCAUCUUCGGCCACCUUUCGCCCAGUCAUCAGAGGGGACAGAGAUGAGUCUGGUGAUGGGGGUGUGGCCCAGCGGAUGGCGCUCCUGCAGGAGUUUGCCUCCCGGCCACUGGGUGCGGCUCCCCAGGCGGAGCACCAGGGCCUCCCGGUGCCGGGCUCCCCUGGGGGUCAGAAGUGGGUGUCCCGCUGGGCCAGCCUGGCUGACAGCUACUCAGACCCGGGCCUCACAGAGGAUGGCCUGGAACGUAGAGGCGGGGAGCCGGAGGGGUCCCUGCCUGUGCGCACGCGGCGACGGCUCCCUCAGCUGCCCAGUGAGAGGGCCGACAGCCCUGCGGGCCCGGAGAGCAGCAGGAGGAGUGGGCCUGGGCCACCGGAGCUGGGCAGUGAGCAGCCCGGCCGCCUCUUUGGCCAGGAGGAGUUGGACCCUGACAGCCUCAGCGAUGCCAGUGGUUCGGACGGGGGCCGAGGCCCUGAGCCAGGGGUGGAGCCACGGGACAGCAGACGCAGGAGCCCCCAGGAGGGGCCCACAUGGAGCAGGGGUCGGUGCUCACCAAGGGCCCCCGGGGAGUCAACUCCCACCUCUUUCUUCAUUGGGGACCAGGAUGGGGAUGCUGUGUUACCUAGGAAACCACUUACGGCUCCAGGGGAUGGGGAGGGCUUAGGGCAGGCAGCCCAGCCCAGCCCCCCAGCACGGGAUGGCAUCUAUGUCAGUGCCAAUGGGAGAAUGGUCAUCCAGCUACGGCCUGGACGGUCCCCAGAACCCGAUGGCCCUGCCCCACCCUUCCUCCGGCAAGAGAGCUUCACUAAGGAGCCAGCCAGUGGUCCCCCAGCGCCCGGCAAGCCCCCCAACAUCUCCAGCCACCCACUUCUACAGGACCUGGCUGCUACCAGGGCCGCACGCAUGGACUUCCACUCCCAGGACACCCACCUGAUCUUGAAGGAGACAGAGACGGCCCUGGCGGCCCUGGAGGCCCGACUCCUCUCCAAUUCUGUGGACGCCGAGUGUGAGGGGGGCAGUACUCCAAGGCCGCCGGAGGACGCCAUGUCUGGGGACUCGGACGUGGACACUGCCAGCACAGUCAGCCUGCGCAGUGGCAAGAGCGGACCCAGCCCCACAACCCCGCAGCCCCUGCGGGCACAGAAGGAGAUGUCGCCAUCCCCGCCAGCUGCACAGGACCCAGGAGGCACCGCCCUGAGCAGUGCCCGUGAGCAGCCCUCAGAGAGACAGCGUCACCCACUUGGCCCGAUGGACAUGGGCCGUGGAGAGCCAGUACGGCGCUCAGCCAUAAGGCGUGGCCACAGGCCCCGGGGGUCCCUGGACUGGCCCAGUGAGGAGCGUAGCCCUGUCCUCGCCCACCCACCCAGCUCAGAGGUGAUGGCCUCCAACCAUGAAACCCCUGAGGCCACCGGGGCAGGACGGCUCGGGUCUCGCCGGAAACCAGCAGCCCCACCGCCAUCCCCCGCUUCCCGGGAGGAGCAGAGCCGCAGCUCAGCCAGCUCCCAGAAGGGGCCGCAGGCCUUGACCCGCUCCAACAGCCUGUCCACCCCUCGCCCCACACGGGCCUCCCGGCUGAGGCGGGCCCGGCUGGGGGACGCUUCAGACACUGAGGCCGCAGAUGGUGAGCGGGGAUCCCUGGGCAACCCUGAGCCUGUGGGCCGGCCAGCUGCUGAGCAGGCCAAGAAGCUGUCGCGCUUGGACAUCCUGGCCAUGCCCCGGAAGCGGGCCGGCUCCUUCACAGGGACUAGUGACCCCGAGGCAGCCCCUGCCCGCACCAGCUUCUCUGGCCGCAGUGUGGAGUUGUGCUGUGCCAGCCGCAAGCCCACCAUGGCCGAAGCACGGGCUGUUGCCAGGAAGGCUGCCACCACAGCCACCAGCAUGGGUCCCCGCCAGCCCUUCAGCAGAGCCCGCUCGGGCAGCGCUCGAUACACCUCCACCACUCAGACCCCGAGGGCUGGAAGCUCCAGUCGGGCUCGUUCCCGGGUCCCUGGUCCCCGGGACACGGACGAUGAUGAGGAGGAACCUGACCCUUAUGGUUUCAUCGUGCAGACGGCAGAGAUUGCGGAGAUCGCCAGGCUGAGCCAGACGCUGGUGAAGGACGUGGCCAUCCUAGCCCGGGAGAUCCAUGAUGUGGCUGGGGACGGUGACACACUGGGCUCCUCGGGGCCUGCCCACAGCGCCUCCCUCAGCACCAUGCCCAGCACCCCCGCCUCGACCAUCUCUGCCCGGGAGGAGCUGGUGCAGCGCAUCCCUGAGGCCAGCCUCAACUUCCAGAAGGUGCCUCCUGGCUCACUGAACUCUCGGGACUUUGACCAGAACAUGAAUGACAGCUGUGAGGACGCCCUGGCCAACAAGACACGGCCUCGGAACCGAGAGGAGGUGAUCUUUGAUAACCUGAUGCUGAACCCGGUGUCCCAGCUGUCGCAGGCCAUCCGUGAGAACACGGAGCACCUUGCCGAGAAGAUGAAGAUCCUCUUUCAGAACACAGGGAGAGCCUGGGAGGACCUGGAAGCCAGGAUCAACGCUGAGAACGAGGUGCCCAUCCUGAAGACAUCUAACAAGGAAAUCAGCUCCAUCCUGAAGGAACUGAGGCGGGUGCAGAAGCAGCUGGAAGUUAUCAAUGCCAUCGUGGACCCCAGUGGGAGCCUGGACCUGCUCACAGGAAACAGGAGCUUGGCCAGCUCUGCACAGCCGGGGCUGGGGAAGGGCCGUGUGGCUGCCCAGAGCCCACCCUCGCCCGCCUCAGCUGAGGCCCUGCUGCCGGCCCUGCCGCUGAGGAGUUUCCCACAGCGGGUCAGCUGUGGGCCUCCCAGCCUCCCGGACCCCACCUUCCUCCCUGAUGCCGAGAGGUUCCUGAUCUAGGCCCCGGACCUGGCCAGGCUGGCUUCCCUGUGCGUGUGCGUCUCUGCCUCCCGUCCGCCGCACGCCCGCCUGCCUGGCCGCAGGUGGUUCUCCCUGAAGACCCCCACAUGUGCCAUAUCCCCGUGGGCGGGUCCCUCCCACGCCCUUGCUCCCUCGUCAGCUCCCAGCCAGCGCCCUACUCACCCUGUCCAGCCCUGUGGCCACCCCCACCCCCGCCCCACCCCCUACAGGUCUCUGGCCCAGCUCCUGGCCAGGCUGCUGCCAAGGUCAAGCCCUCAAGGGCAUUACCCCACCUCCUCUUCAUCACUGUUAUUUUUGUCUUUAGCUUUAAAGGAAAGAGUCGUUGGUGCCAUUGCAGGUGCCCCCUCCAGGCCUGACUGGCUCCACCAGGCACUAACCUGCCAUACCCCUUUGUACUGGCCUGCGGCCAUGCAGAGGAAGAGAGGUCGACUGUGGGGUCAUUUGGUGCCAGACAUGGAGCUGGGGCAGGCUCACCUGUCCUGGGACUAUCUAAGAUGGCAGGGCACUUGCCCUGGUGGCUCCCACCUGGCCCCAGGCCUUUUAUAGGCAGGAGCCCCACUGCUUCCAGCCUUUGGUGCCAACACAGUUGCCAAACCCAUUGAGCUUGGGGCUGUCCCGUGGAGCCCUCCUGGGUGUGGACCAGGGGCUGGUUGAGAGCUGAGCCAUGCACACAGGUACAGAUACCCCCCCACUCCCAUGCACUCGGCUAGUCCAGGCGCCUCCAUGCUGCACCAUGAGGACUGUGGGGCAUGUCCCUGUGAGGGGCUAUGGGCCUCUGUACUUGGGCUUCCAAGGGCCUGGGCACAGCCGGGUGCGUGGCAGCCCUUCAGGCGGGGGUGAGUGCACAACCAAAGUGACUGGAAGCCGGGUUUCCGGAAGCUCACAGCUUGGCCUGCACUACACGCCCUCCCCUUUGGUUUCAUGCCAUCAGGCCUCAAGUGGGCAUGGGGGCAGGGACGGGCCCAGGAACUGUUGUUUUCUCAGGAUUCUUUCAGCUGGGAACAUGGCAGGUGAGCAGAGCUUGGCCUCUCUGCCGUGGCCCCUGCUGGGGCAGCCCGUGUUGCCAGAGCCUCUAAGCCAAAGAGCCCAUUGGCCGUAGUUGGUGGGGAUGGACGUGGGGGGUGUCCCACCUGGACCAGACUGGCGUAGGUGAGCUCCAUACCCCACCUGGCAUUGGUACGAGAGUCGGACCUGGACAGGGCCAGCUGCUGGGGGAGCGGCGCUGGGGGCUGGAGGCUGGAAGUGGGUGGUUUGUGUCCCCUGUUUACUUUUAGCUGAUCUGGGGUUGGGUGUACGGGUUCUGUGCCUCUGAGCCCUGCGGCCCACCUGAUGUUUACGUGUGGGGGGGGCGGGGGGGCAGGUGUCUCCCCCUGGUCCCCGCCCCAAGAGCCUGCUGUCUAUAUGGAGGAGGUGCUAGUCCGGCCCACCGGGCUGCUGCCCACCCCUGCAUGCCUCAGUUGCCCACCCCGCCUGCCCCUGGACAUGAAGUGGUCACUCUUCCUCCACGGCUCCUUCCCACCCCUCAGCAGUGGCAGUGCAAUGUUUUGAAUUCACAAGUUCCUGCUCCUCCCCAUGCUGAGCUCCUUUUUUCCUCCCCCUCCAGCCUUUGCCUGGGAAUGGUCCUUGUUUGCCAGGCUUCUCGGAGGGUUCACUGUACAUUCGUUCUCAGGUGGUCUUGUGGCUGUCUUUCGGAAAAUGGUUAUUUUAUAUGAUUUGUCAUGGAAUUUGUUCUAAUAAAUCAUUCUUCUAUCACAUGGCAGCACGCUGGA